CAAAGCGGCAGCACAGCACAGCAGGAAGCAUCGAUAUACGGCAGGCCUCGAUCGGUUUACGGCAAUAGUCUGAAGCUGUAAACAUUCUUACCGCGUUUGAUAAUAAAUUCAGCUUGUAACUUCGAAAAAAAAAAUUAAGAUAAAAAUAUGGGCAUAGCAGAUGAAGCAGACCGGACUCUAUUUGUGGGUAACUUGGACUCUCAAGUCACAGAAGAGCUUUUAUUUGAGCUGUUUUUACAGGCUGGGCCUGUGAUCAAAGUAAAAAUCCCGAAGGACAACGACGGGAAUUCAAAGCAGUUCGCCUUCGUGAACUUUAAACAUGAGGUUUCGGUCCCUUAUAGCAUGAACCUGCUUGGCGGCAUCCGACUUUACGGAAGGCAGCUCAACCUGCAGUACAGAGCAGGCAGCAGUCAUAUUAAUCAGGAGGGAAAAAGCCCUGCAAACUCUCAGAACCCCAGCCCAGCGAACACACCCACUCACCGUGGUGCUAGGUAUGACAGGACUCCAGACCAGAUGAGCUCUCCAUCUUACUCUCCUCCUGAGAGCUUGCAGAGAUCUUUCUCUGUACCAGAGAAUCUUCAGAAGCAAGUAGUGAUGAACAACAUGUGGCAGAUGCAGCAGUUGGCCAGUUAUUUUCAGCCUGGCGUACUUCAGCAUCAGCAACAGUUCAGAGUUGGCUUCAAUAGCCCCUGGCCAAACGACAGCCCCACCCACUCAAGCCAACGGUACGCCCACCAGCAAGACGGCGGUGGUCACUAUGGCCGCGAGCAGCGGCACCGGAGAGACGGCCAGAGAGCUGACUUCCACCAGCACGAAGGCCGAAACCGAGAUUAUCCACCUGACAGACGCAGAGACUCGAGAGACGGACGCUGGAGGCGAUACUGAUCCUGAUACCGAGACUGAUCCAGCAGGAGGCUUCAUUUUAAAAUAGUGACACAAACCAGCAGUUUUCUUUUUAUAUGGUUUUCUUAAAUAACGUUUUUAACGUGGUUUUUUUUUUUUUUGGUAAUUUACUGUACAGUAAUUUACAGCAAAAGAGAAUUUUAACUGGAAAGUACGAGAAAAGGGGUUAGAAUUCUGCGUGUGUAUACUUAAUCUAUUUUACAACUUGGGUUUCAGUCUCAGGGUGCAGCUUCCAGUCUGUCUGAUGUCCUGUAAUUGUUAUUUUAAUCCAAUAAUUUGUAUGAUUGUGGGUCCCCUCCUUCUUCCUCCAGACUUCAUUAAUGAUUAAUCAUUUAUUAUUAAUCUGGUGACUGCGUGUGCUGAACAUGUUAGUAAAUUAAGGCCAUGAUGUUAUUUACCAGCAGGGGAUGUACUUUAGAGCAGCUGUAUGAGAAAUAGAAAAUGUGGAUUCUCAGGAGGGUUUUUUUUUUUUCCUUCCAGAUGUAGAAUUAUCUGGUGUUUUUAUACAAUUAUGAUAUAUUUUUUAUGUUUCUGUUGAAAAAAAAAAAUUCCAGUGUGCAGGCUGUAUACCUCGUGCUGUAACUUUCUCUAGUGUAAAUACAGCUUCAUUUUUAAGCUACA